AUAUGGGUGGACGGUGGACAUAAUUGUUGUUCCAUGCAGAACCUUUUUCUUUUUGCUAGUGUUAUAGUGUAUCUAGCUUUAAGUGUUCUUCACCAGGAUAACAAUAACUACUACAAUUUCUGAAGGUUAAUACCUGAAGUAUUCUACCAAGUUGAUAACUAUUGCAGGGAUUUUGAAAACUAAGCCAAGAUUUUCAUUGCCAUCAGUUUCACAUAAAUUUGGGAGCAUUGGUCCUUCAAUCUCCAAGAUUGAGAGCUUGCCUGAAAUUAUCAAAGCUGUUGAUUCUAGGACUUGUGCGAAUGUAAAUGGAAAUUAUCUUGAUGAUGAUGAUCAAAUUGAAAUUAAUUCAGACAUUGAGCUUGCUGAAACAGAAGCUGUUCCAUAUGGAUUUAAUCUGGCCACAAUGGAUGAUCUUUUUGACAACCUCCAAGAUAAGGCUGAUCAGCUUUUUCAGAAACGUAGUAGAUCCCCCUUGCUGAAGACAGUCAUUGACAGUGAAGAUUCCCCUGAGCCUGUGGAUAGUGGGUCAUCUAGCGACAAUGAGGUAAAUGAUCAACAAAUGAAAAUUUUACCUGGAAAGAAAAUGCAAACCAUGGCAGAACGAUUUGAAGAAGCUUUAGGGACAUCCUCUGUUAUCACUGAAGGGCCUCAUGUUGGAGCACUUAAUUCCUUGAGAGCUACAAUAUCUGGAAAACUACAGCAGAUGAUGCUGAAAGAAAAAGAAUCAGACAUGGAGUUCUGGAGAAAGUUACAAGCUGGAGCCAAGCCAGAUAGUAAAUCUUUUGCGAAUAUUCUUCAAUUUAUCUUCAAACUGCAUCUCCAAUCUCUGCUCCAUUCUCUGCAUAACCUCUGGACUGUAAGAGUCAAUAGUGCUCCUUGA